CAGCUCGACUCAAAUCUAAGCUCACCUCAUGAUCAAAUUUCACCGGACUCGAGUUCGGUAAAAUCUUAGCAAACAAAUCUGAAAAUCCUAAAACCGGGCUCUAUUCGGCCAGAAAAUAGAGUGGGUGGACACUCUUACUUGACCCGAGUAACAUAAACAUGAGACCACCCGCCCAGUAAAGCAAGGAGGAAACCGAAAAAAAUGCGUUGCCCAUACUGCUCGGCGGCGCAGGGGCGUUGCGCCACCACCCCCUCCGGCCGCUCCAUCACCGAGUGCACCUCCUGCGGCCGCGUCGUCGAGGAACGCCACUCCCAGUCCCACCACCUCUUCCACCUCCGCGCCCUCGACUCCCCUCUCUGCCUCGUCACCUCCGACCUCCCCUCUCUCCCCACCAGCACCAGCACCAGCACCAACCAAUUCACGCACUUAGAGAGAGAAAAACAACAACAAGAAGAUGAAGAAGACCCGUUCGAGCCCACGGGCUUCAUAACGGCCUUCUCGACGUGGUCGCUCGAGCCCUACCCCGUCUUCGCCCAGUCCUCUCUCUCCUUCGCCGGCCACCUCGCCGAGCUCGAGCGCGUCCUGGAAACCACUUCUUCUUCUUCUACUUCGUCCGCGUCCAGUUCUCCGUCGGUGGUUGUGGAUAAUCUGAGGGCGUACCUUCAGAUUAUCGACGUGUCGUCGAUACUAGGGCUGGACUGUGAUAUAUCGGACCACGCGUUUCAACUCUUCAGGGACUGUUCGUCGGCUACUUGUCUGAGGAAUCGGAGCGUCGAGGCGCUCGCUACGGCGGCCCUUGUUCAGGCCAUUAGGGAGGCCCAAGAACCCCGAACCCUCCAGGAAAUCUCAAUUGCGGCCAAUUUGCCCCAAAAGGAGAUUGGGAAGUACAUCAAGAUACUAGGAGAAGCUUUGCAACUAAGUCAGCCCAUUAAUAGCAAUUCCAUAUCAGUACAUAUGCCAAGGUUUUGUACACUUCUGCAACUGAAUAAAUCUGCCCAGGAACUUGCAACUCACAUUGGAGAAGUCGUGAUCAACAAAUGCUUUUGCACUCGCAGGAAUCCUAUUAGCAUAUCAGCUGCAGCUAUUUACUUGGCCUGCCAGCUCGAAGAUAAACGCAAGACCCAGGCAGAAAUUUGCAAGGUGACAGGACUUACUGAGGUUACUCUCCGUAAGGUGUACAAGGAGUUACUGGAGAAUUGGGAUGAUCUGCUUCCUCCUAAUUAUACUCCAGCUGUUCCUCCAGAAAAAGCAUUUCCCACAACUACAAUCGCCUCCUCUGGUCGUUCCUCUACUUCAACUAGAAUCGAUAUACUUGAGGCGACUUCCGUGGACAGAGAAAAGUCUGCGAAACCAAACGAGUUCUUGGACACGUGCCAUCAGAGUGGAGGCAAAGAGGAUCCUGUACCGAACCAGGCACCAAGUUUUUGGCAGCCCCAACGUCCUUCCGGGCCUUCUGGUGAUGUAAAAGCUGGGGCAGAGAAAAGUAAUGUCCCUCAGGAAAUGGAUAUUGAUGCACGGGCAAAUGUACAAGAGCUAGAGAAGAAGGCAGAUAAAGAAGCUACUACUACUUCUCUGAGGCCAAACCAGUUUUCCAGUCCGUCGGGUUCAGCUGCAAGUUCCAUGCAAUGGCCAUUUCGUCCCCCGGCUUCUUCUGGCCCGCCUUGAUAACUACGGUUUGUGCAACAGCCCAAGGGGGGUGUCAGGUUUUGCAGAUCCCAAAGGUAACUAUGAAUCAAAUGUAAGCAAAAAGGCCAAUAGGUGUGGGGAUAGUCAUUGAAGGCAAAACUAUUUUUGUUUUCAACUGCAUAUUUCGGCAACAAUCUAUUGAAAGCCUUUCUUAAUUCUGGAUGCUACUUUUUCUCGGUUGCAUACCUGCCUGGAUCUUGUAUUUCAAGUGGAAAUUGAACUGUAUCUUUUCUUUUUUGUUUUUCCUUAGGGUGGUAACUACUGGAGUAUAUGGGAUCUUUGUACUGACCUACUAUGCGUGAGACUAUCUUUCCAGUGCCA